AUGGAUUUAGUGGGUGCGGUGCGACUUCGCGACUUGGUCUCUGCCGUGCGACAGUGCCGCACCUCUGCCGAGGAGAGGGCGCUCAUCAAACGGGAGUGCGCCAUCAUUCGUGAAUCCUUCCGGGAGAACAAACCGCUGGUGCGCACACGCAACAUGCUGAAGUUGCUCUACAUCACCAUGCUUGGCUACCCAACGGAGUUUGGGCAGGUGGAGGUAGUGAGUCUGCUUGCGCAGGCGGACUAUGCCGGCAAACGGGUCGGCUACCUCACUCUUCAGAUGGUGCUUGACGAGAAUGACGAGGUGCUGACGUUGUCCGAGAACCACAUCAAGCAGGACUUGACGCAAAGCCAGCCCCUCAUUCAGGCCAUGGCCUUGAACGUGGUUGCAAAUAUUGCGAGUGAAGUGAUGGCACGCGACAUGCUUGACGAGGUAAGCCGGUUGGCGCUCUCUUCAAACACGUAUUUGUCAAAAAAGGCAUGUUUGGCGGCCAUUCGAAUUGUGAAGAAAGUGCCUGAGUACGCCGAGGUCUUUUUGGAGAUGUUUACGGACAUGUUUCGUGAGCGCAGUCCGGGGGAACUGCUCGCCGCCGUCACACUUGUAAAUGAAUGCUUGCGGCUGCCACAAGGUGAGGCAUUUCUUCCCAAAUACCGACCUCUGGUCAAUGCCGCGGUUCGCGUGCUGAAGCAGCUAAUCCUCUCAUCGAGGGUGACAGAUCAGGAUGUGCUCGGCGUCACGGACCCUUUUCUUCAGGUUAAGCUGCUGCAGUUUAUGCGAAUUAUUGGCACAGGCAGCGCCGUGACGUCGGAGGCCUUGAACGAUGUGUUGGCGCAGGUGCUCACCAACACGGAUGCCACCCGCAACGUCGGUUGCUCUGUUCAGUACGAGUGCGUGAAAACGAUCUACGCCAUCGAGAGCGAUGAGGGGCUUUGCACGUUAGGCAUCAACACCAUCAGCCGUUUUCUUUCUUCGAGCGAUAACAAUCAGCGUUUUGUAGCGCUGAAGUCGCUCCUCGGCUAUGCCUCCCGCCACGCAAACGCGGUGCGUGAGCAUCAGGACACCAUCCUGGACUGUCUCAAGGACGUCGAUAUCUCCAUUCGUCGACGCGCGCUGGAUCUCACAGUGGCGCUCGUCACGGAAGACAACCUACGUCUGCUGGUGCCAGACCUAGUCUCUUACCUGACAGUUUCCGCGGAGGAGAUGCGUGAGGAUGUGACGCUGCAUUUGUGCCGUAUUAUAGAGAGUAAAUCACCCAAUACGGAGUGGCGUGUGGAGUAUUCACUUCGGGUACUACGGUUAGCGAAGCAGUACGCUCCAGUGGAGUUUGCUACUCGACUCAUAGCCUUGCUUUCAAAAGACACGACAGAGACACAAACCUCUGCGGUGGUGUUCAUGUGGGACGAGGCCUCUUACCCAUUUGAUGCCCUGCAUCAGUCGCGUAAGGCGUUUCUUGUAGCGGCAGUUUGGGGUAUUGGGGAAUAUGUGGAUCUGUUGAUCCGGGCAAAAAGCGUGAAGCCUGAGGAUGUGGCGAAGUGCAUUGCAGAGAUUACUACUAACAGUGCAUUUAGCAUUAUCAAGUGCUACGGCCUCACCUCUCUGAUGAAAAUCGCCGCAAGGUACCCGUCGGCGAAGGCCAUUGCUCUCACUGUGUUUUCCAACUACUCCAAAAGCUUAGACUGUGAGCUGCAGCAACGGGCGUUCGAGUAUACGACACUGCUGGAGUCGUUUGCAGAGGAGGCGGCCUUCUGUUUUACGCGAAUGCCGUCCAUCUAUCACGUGGAAGACGAGGAGGCGGAGGUGCAGCCAGUGCCUCAGGUGAAUCUUCCUCCAGAGGUUUUGCAGCAAAAGGCUGCCGUGGCGCUGGAGAAUCUGUUCGACGUGGAUCCCAAGCCGACGACCGCGACUCCUGCGGCCGAGAAAAACGUCAAAAGCGAAAACACGGCUCAGGCCAUAGACGACCUCUUUGGGUUGGGGUCGAAUACAUCUUCGGCCAUUGCCUCUCAGUCAACUCUGUGGGGAGCAGCCGCUUCUACGGAAAAGGAGCCCCCACAACCUGCCGAAGUGCACGUGUUUGACUGUGACGAUUUCACCGCCAGUGUGAGCGCCGUGGUGCAGGGGGUCAUCAACGCAAGCGUCAUUGUUGUCUCGCGGCUUCCCACCGCGAUGGAGAAUCUCUCGAUUCAGGCAGCGGUGCCGAAGACCUCGAUGCUGAAUAUUGGGUUCCUGACGUCUACGGCGAUUUCUCCGUAUGGACGCAUUGUACAGCAGCUCACCGUGGAUAAUUCUAAAAGCAACAAGAACCCCCGCCUGCUGACGUUGCGCGUCAAGUUGCUCUACACAGUGGACGGAGACUCACGUUCACAGAUGUUUCAGGUGUCGCAGGAGGUGUAA